GGAGACGCGGGGCGGGGCCGCACUCUGCUCGCCAGUGUCUUUAUAGAUCACCCGGAAGGCACGCGGGGCCGCGGCGUGCUGCUCCCAGUGGGGCCUCUCCGCCACUCCAGCCCCGCGCUCUUCGCCACGGCCCUCGGGCGUCUGCGCCGCAGCUGCGGCCCCCGCCUCUUUGGAGUCUCUUGCGGCCGCAGCCCGCGGCCUGCGUCGCUUCCGGCAGAUCCGGACCGCGGGCGAUGGCUGCCGCUGGGGGCGCCCGGCUGCUGCGCGCCGCUUCUGCGGUACUCGGCGGCCCAGCCGGCCGGUGGCUGCACCACGCUGGGUCCCGCGCUGGAGUCAGCGGCCUGCUGAGGAGCCGGGGGCCGGGCAGGAGCGCCGGGGCUAGCCGACCGCUGAGCGUGUCGGCGCGGGCGCGGAGCAGCUCAGAAGAUAAAAUAACAGUCCACUUUAUAAACCGUGAUGGUGAAACAUUAACAACCAAAGGAAAAGUUGGUGAUUCUCUGCUAGAUGUUGUGGUUGAAAAUAAUCUAGAUAUUGAUGGCUUUGGUGCAUGUGAGGGAACCCUGGCUUGUUCAACCUGUCACCUCAUCUUUGAAGAUCACAUAUAUGAGAAGUUAGAUGCAAUCACUGAUGAGGAGAAUGACAUGCUCGAUCUGGCAUAUGGACUCACAGACAGGUCACGGUUGGGCUGCCAAAUCUGUUUGACAAAAUCUAUGGACAAUAUGACUGUUCGAGUGCCUGAAACAGUGGCUGAUGCCAGACAGUCCGUUGAUGUGGGCAAGACCUCCUGAACUAGAACAAAUGGGAAUGUUUUCAUGGAAUUUUACCUAUUUUUAUAAUUAUUAUUUCUUAAAGUGAUUAAAUGAGAACAUGGAUGAGUGGACUUCAUAUUAUGACUAGCUUUUACUAUUUUAAUUCAUGUUAUAUAACUACAGAAUUUUGUCAUUCUUGAAAGUAUGCAAUUUUUAUUUUGGUCGUAUUACAAAAAUGUCAAUCAAAUAUUAAAAAAUAGUUAAUGUGAUAGAAAAACCUUACAUAUUUUUUUCUUAUUUUUGUUUAGCAACUUUAGCAAAAUGUUUUCAUAUAAUCUCAUCUGUUUACCUAGAAGAUAGGUUAAGGAAAUAUAUUAUUAUUCCUGUUUGAUGUGGGUGAAGGCAAAGAUCUAACCUGGCUUGUUUAGGGCCAUACCACUAAUUAGAAAAUCUGUACUAGAACCUGUGUCUUAUUACUAUAAGCCCUGUGUUCAGACUGAAACUGAAGAAAUUAUGACUAUUUAUAGCGGUAGUUAAAUCUGAAUGUGUAUGGACAAAAAUAUUUAAUUGCUCAGUAAACUGCUUAACUUCAAAGAUAGUUAUUAACCUUAUAAAUAAAUAUUUCAGAAUUUUGAUUCUGAAGUCUAAGUCUGAGCAUAGAAAUUAUAACGCUAUCAAAGAAGUUUGAUCUCUGUUUUGACUAAACUAGAGGAAUAACGAUUGGAUGUGUUUAUUCUUUUUUAAGCAGAACGGUUUAACUUUGUACUCUUUGAAAAAUAAUGCUGAUUUAUAAAUCUCUGCCUAUAACAGAAUGGAAACCUUAUGAAUGAAUUGUUUUUCUCUGUCCUGAGCUGGAGAAGGGAAUGAGCAGGCUGACACAUCGCACAGCCCCAGGUGGCGCCAUUCUCUCACGCAAGGAUGGGGCUGCAGGGUGAGCGGCGUGGACUGCAGUGUGUCAGUCCCAGGAGGGGGGCAGUGGCGAGCACCACAGAUUACCAUGUAUGUGUGGAAGACAUUUGUAUCCUUAUCUUUACUAUAAAUAAAUUCAUAAAAGUUAA